CCUGCGUACGUAUCGCACGUAUAUAGCCCUGUGUGUGCUCCUCUGCCCCAUCGUAUAAUAUAGGACUCCUCUCUCCUGACCACUCUUCCUCCCUCCUAUCAACCCUCUCUGUCAUUCGUUACCCUCUCUCUCUCUUUCUCCAGUUUCUUUCGCGAUUCUUCGUAUGCAUCCCUUUUGCCGCGCACACGUGCACGUCGUACGGGAUAUCCGCGGAUGAAGGCAUGUCGAUGACGGGACUCGUUGCGAUACGUCGGUACCGGCCCGCGCGGAGAUAACGCGUCGCCGGAAGUGUAGUGCGCGGAAUCGACGCGGCCGCGCGCGGCGGGAAUUCGCCAGAAGCGAACGGAAGCGGCUGACGCGAGGAAGUAUCCGCGCCGAAAGGAAGUAGAGAGAUCCGUCUCGUUACGUGGGAACGUAUAGUGGCGAAGGUGGUUUGACAGUGUAUCGUCCCCGUAUUUGUUUUUUUUGUGCGUGCAUGUGUGCGAGAGUGCGAGAGUGCGUAUGCGCUCCGAAAAGUGCUCGGAAGCGUGAAUAAUCGGGAGUGAUCUUUGUUGGUGGGUGAGAGUUCCCUGGGAGUUCUUGUGGGUCCGUCGUCGGUUUCAUCGGACCGGCUCGUUUAUGUGAUGUGAACGUGGUUUAAUGGUUGAUCCGCUAAAACUCUUCUGGGUUAUUACCAACAGCACCUACCUAGUAACGAAAUUCAUCCGAAUUGGGAUAGCUGACAAGAACGACAAUCCCCCGUACUUCGACAAGGGCCUCUACGAGGCAGAGGUAGAUGAAAAUGAAGACAUUCAGCACACGGUACUCACCGUCACCGCCAAAGAUCACGACGAGUCCUCGCGUAUUCGAUACGAGAUCACGAGCGGGAACAUAGGCGGUGCAUUCGCCGUGAAAAACAUGACCGGCGCCAUUUACGUCGCGGGUGCGUUGGACUAUGAGACGAGGAAGAGGUACGAGCUUCGGCUUACUGCCUCGGAUAACUUGAAGGAGAAUUACACGACGGUUGUAAUUCACGUGAAGGACGUAAACGACAACCCGCCUGUCUUCGAGCGACCAAAUUACAGAACACAAAUUACGGAGGAGGACGACAGGACUCUGCCGAAACGCGUGCUCGGGGUAACUGCGACUGACGGGGAUAAGGACAGACCGCAGAACAUUGUCUACUUCCUAACCGGGCAAGGUAUCGAUCCCGAUAAUCCUGCUAACAGCAAGUUCGAUAUCAACCGUACGACCGGAGAGAUCUUUGUUCUGAAGCCGCUUGACAGAGAUCAACCGAAUGGUCGACCGCAGUGGCGAUUCACCGUGUUUGCUCAAGACGAGGGUGGAGAGGGUCUUGUGGGUUAUGCCGACGUUCAGGUUAAUCUCAAGGACAUCAAUGACAACGCUCCAAUAUUCCCGCAAGGAGUCUACUUCGGCAACGUCACCGAGAACGGCACCGCAGGAAUGGUUGUGAUGACAAUGACAGCCGUGGAUUAUGAUGAUCCGAGCGAAGGUACGAAUGCAAGGCUCAUUUAUUCCAUCGAGAAGAAUGUCAUCGAGGAGGAGACUGGCUCGCCCAUUUUCGAGAUUGAGUCGGAAACUGGUGUAAUCAAGACUGCAGUAUGCUGCUUGGACCGAGAACGUACACCGGAUUAUUCUAUACAAGUCGUUGCAAUGGAUGGAGGGGGGUUAAAAGGUACCGGGACGGCAUCGAUACGGGUAAAAGAUAUAAACGAUAUGCCGCCAGCAUUUACGAAAGAGGAGUGGUUUACCGAGGUGGACGAAACAGAGGGGCCAGAUCUGCCGGAAAUGCCGAUACUCACUGUUACCGUUCACGACGAAGAUGAGACCAAUAAAUUCCAAUACAAGGUAAUCGAAAACAGUGGUUACGGUGCUGAUAAAUUUACCAUGGUACGAAACAACGAUGGCACAGGAUCAUUGAAAAUUGUACAGUCGCUGGAUUACGAGGACCAACUGCAGAGUAACGGCUUUAGAUUUAGAAUACAAGUGAACGAUAAGGGCGAAGACAACGAUAAUGACAAGUACCACGUGGCCUAUUCUUGGGUAGUUGUGAAAUUGCGAGACAUCAACGACAAUCAACCACAAUUUGAGAAAGCCAAUAUCGAAACUACUGUCCCGGAGAACGCCCGCAUAGGUAGCAGCCUGGAAACGUUCAAAGCCACUGAUCCAGACCAAGGUGGAAAGAGCAAGGUCUCCUAUUCUAUUGAUAGAAGUUCCGAUCGAAAGAGGCAGUUCUUCAUCAAUGAAAAUGGCACCGUAUCGAUACAGAGAAGUCUAGAUCGCGAAGAGACGCCUCGACAUCAGGUUAAAAUUUUGGCGAUCGAUGAUGGAAUACCACCUAAGACCGCGACAGCCACUUUGACAGUCGUUGUACAAGACAUUAAUGACAAUCCGCCGAGGUUCCUCAAGGACUAUCGUCCAGUUUUACCCGAAUACGCACAAACGAAGAAGGUCGUCGAGAUUCUUGCUACCGAUGACGAUGACCGGUCGAGGAGCAACGGCCCUCCAUUCACUUUCAGGAUGGAUCCUAAUGCAAACGAUGUUAUCAGAGCUAGCUUCAAAGUUGAAAGCGAUAACAAGGGAGCCAAUGGAGAUGGAAUGGCUGUAGUGUCAUCCUUACGAUCCUUUGACAGGGAACAACAGAAGGAGUUUUUAAUCCCCAUCGUCAUCAAGGAUUCUGGAAAUCCUUCUAUGUCUGGGACCAGUACCUUAACAGUUAUCAUAGGGGAUGUUAAUGAUAAUAAAAUGCAGCCUGGUUCUAAGGAAAUCUUUGUAUAUAAUUACGCAGGACAAUCGCCAGAUACCGAAAUAGGUAGGGUGUAUGUGUACGAUCUGGACGACUGGGACUUACCGGAUAAGAAAUUUUAUUGGGAAGGACUGGAACACGCGCAAUUUAGACUCGAUGAGGAUACAGGAAUGAUUUACAUGAAGUCCGGCACGCACGAUGGCAAAUAUCAUCUACGGUUUAAGGUCUACGAUCGGAAGCACACGCAAACGGACGUACCUGCGAACGUGACUGUCACCGUGAAGAGUAUUCCGCAUGAAGCAGUAUUAAACUCAGGGUCGGUUCGAAUAUCAGGGAUAACGGACGAAGAUUUUAUUCGAGUCUGGAAUUAUCAGAAUCAAACUUUAUCUCGGAGCAAAGCGGAUCUGUUUAAGGACAAGCUGUCGCAUCUGUUGAGCAUAGACAGGGAUAAUGUAGACGUGUUCAGCGUUCAAUUAAGGAGAGUACAUCCACCAUUGACAGAUGUUAGAUUUGCUGCACAUGGUUCGCUGUACUAUAAACCAGUCAGACUUAAUGGCAUGGUACUUAUGCAUCGUGAAGAGAUCGAGAAAGACGUGGGUAUCAAUAUAACUAUGGUCGGCAUCGACGAGUGUUACUACGAAAAUGAGAUGUGUGAAGGUAGCUGUACAAACACCCUUGACAUCAGCAACCUGCCAUACAUGGUGAACGCAAACAGAACUGCCCUUGUUGGUGUACGAGUGGAUGUGAUAGCCGAAUGUACCUGUGGAGCACGAAACUUCAGUAAGGGAGAGUCCUGCAGGAACAGUCCUUGUUACAAUGGUGGACGCUGUGUGGAAGAUCGGUUUGGAUUAUCAUGUCAAUGUCCAUCUGGCUACAAUGGUCCGAGGUGUCAACAAACUGCCAGAAGUUUCCGAGGCAACGGUUGGGCGUGGUAUCCUGCUUUGGAAAUGUGCGACAACAGUCACUUGAGCUUCGAAUUUAUUACAAAGAAGCCCGACGGAUUAUUAUUGUACAAUGGUCCAAUCGUUCCUCCUGAAACCGAUGAAGUAAUGGUUUCCGAUUUUAUUUCGGUCGAAUUGGAACGUGGUGCACCGAGGUUGCUGAUCGAUUUUGGUUCCGGCACUUUGGAAUUAAAGGUAAAACCAAAACAACCCUUGGACAACGGCGAGUGGCAUCGACUCGAUAUUUUCUGGAAUACAGAGACUGUAAAACUCAUCAUCGAUUACUGCAAAACUGCAAAUAUAUCCGAGUUGGAGGAUGGAAGCCCGCCGGAAUUCAUCGACAAUAGUUGCCAGGCUACGGGAACGGUGCCACCCUUCAAUGAAUAUCUGAACGUGAACGCGCCUCUGCAGAUCGGUGGACUUUACGUGGAACAAUUCGACCCUACGCACUACAAAUGGAAACACAUGCCGGUCGGGAAGGGCUUCGACGGCUGCAUUAAGAACCUCUUCCACAACAGCAAACUGUACGAUCUCGCUCAUCCGGGUCUGUCGCGAAACAGCGUCGCCGGUUGUCCGCAAACAGAAGAGAUCUGCAAUAAUCAAGAAUCGACGUUCCGUUGCUGGGAGCACGGCACCUGCGUAGGCAGCUUCACCGACGCGAAGUGCCAGUGCAAUCCUGGCUGGACCGGUCCUGGAUGUAUGACACCGACAAUUCCGACCACCUUCAAGCCGCAGAGCUACGUCAAGUACGCGUUAUCCUUCGAGCCGGACAAAUAUUCCACGCAGAUACAAUUGAGAUUCCGCACUCGCGAGAUUCACGGUGAACUCUUUAGAGUGAGCGAUCAACACAACAGGGAAUACGCUAUUUUGGAAAUCAAAGACAGUAGACUGCACUUCAGGUAUAAUCUGAACAGUCUUAGAACAGAGGAGCGAGAUAUCUGGCUCUCGGCGAUAGCCGUUGAUGACGGGCAAUGGCAUACAGUGCGGGUAUCAAGAUACGGAUCUGCAGCUACCCUGGAACUGGACGGUGGCGAAGGACGAAGAUUCAACGAGACCUUCUCCUUCGAAGGACAUCAGUGGCUCCUGGUGGACAAGCAGGAAGGUGUCUACGCUGGUGGCAAAGCGGAAUAUACUGGUGUCCGCACAUUUGAGGUUUAUGCGGACUAUCAGAAAGGUUGCUUGGACGACAUAAGAUUAGAAGGAAAACAUCUUCCGUUACCACCUGCCAUGAACGGGACACAGUGGGGUCAGGCAACGAUGGCGCGAAACUUGGAAAGGAACUGUCCAUCGAAUAAACCGUGCGCCAACGUCAUUUGCCAAGAUCCUUUCGAGUGCAUCGAUCUGUGGAACGAGUAUGACUGCACCUGCGGAGAAGGAAGGAUUCCAUCGCCGGAUAAUAAAGGAUGUAUGGACAAGAAUGAGUGCAUCGACUAUCCUUGCUUGAAUGGUGGUAGAUGCAUCAAUCAGGAUCCGCGAUUCCGAUAUCGAUGCAUCUGUCCUGAUGGUUUCUGGGGUGAAAACUGCGAACUGGUGCAAGAAGGUCAAACGCUUAAGCUGAGUAUGGGUGCACUGGCAGCCAUUCUCGUCUGUCUGCUGAUCAUUCUUGUUCUCGUGUUGGUGUUCGUCGUCUACAACAGAAGACGAGAAUCUCACAUAAAGUAUCCUGGUCCGGAUGAUGACGUGAGGGAGAAUAUUAUCAACUACGAUGACGAGGGUGGCGGAGAGGAUGACAUGACUGCGUUCGACAUCACGCCUCUGCAGAUCCCGAUCGGUGGCCCGAUUCCGGAAAUGGGCGGCAAGAUGCCUCCGUGUAAAGUGGCCUAUCCACUUGGACCGGAACCGAAUGUCGGCAUCUUCAUCGAGGAUCAUAAGAAGAGAGCCGACAGUGACCCGAAUGCACCGCCCUUCGAUGAUUUGCGAAAUUACGCUUACGAGGGUGGCGGAAGUACCGCGGGAUCUCUGGAAUCAUUAGCCUCCGGUACGGAUGACGAGCAACACGAGUACGAGUAUUUAGGCGCCUGGGGUCCGAGAUUCGACAAACUGGCCGACAUGUACGGUCCCGCGGAGGAGAUAAGCGAAGAGGAGGACUAAGUUAGCGUCCAAAAAAAAAAAAAAAACAAUACAGCCGAGUAGUCUCUACAUUACACCACACCAAGUCACGCGAUCCAUAUCAUCCGAAUGAGUAGUGCUCUUGAUCUUGAUCGAGGCGACCCUGAACCUCGUCGAAAUCGUGGGGAUCAGGGCUCUACAUCACGAACAUUCGGAGGAUCUCGAGGGAUGCACGCGCGAAAAUCCUCGCGCGAGAGUGAUGAAUUUCUCGAGGAGCGGCAGCAUAUAUAUUCUCAUAGUUGUGUGCGGCUAGUGAAAGUACUAUGACACACGCGACGUUAAAUGUUACGUCACACGUCGCAGUGUCAUCCGCGGUGCGUGCACAAAAAAAAACACAUACAACACACGCACAUAUAUAUAUACAUACAUACUCGGGGUCGAAAAAAAGGCGAACGUUGCAAUAAAAUGCGAUGGUUAAGACGAAUGGUAGAGAUGUUUAAUGAGAAGGCGGAGAGAGAGAGAGAAAAAG